CCUCUCGCCCAAGCGCCAAGGCCUCAAAAAUGAGGAAGAAAGCGGGAAAUUGGUGAUUUGUGGUGUCACCGCCGGUAGCCAGGCCGGUAGCCAGGCCGGUAGCCAGGCCGGUAGCCAGGCCUCGCCCGGGGAAGCCAGCGGCUUCGCCCCGAACGCCUCAGUGCUCAGUGACGGUGUGGGGUGUUGGCGGUGCAGGCAGCUGCCUGCUCUCCCCACCCCUCCUGCCCGUCCUUCUCCUCCUCCUCCUCCUCCUCCUCCUCCUCCCCCGGCUGUAAAUCCGCCUUCCCGGCAGAGAGCCGGAGCGUGAGGCUCGGUGGCGGAGAGCAGGCCUCUGCCCGGUGGGGAGAGGGGAACCGGGGGGGGAAAAGUAAAAAAAAAAAAAAAAAAAAAAAGGGAAAGGGAAAGGGAAAGAAGAAGGGGAAAGGGAGGAAUACGGAAGGGAAAAGGAAGGGGAAAAGGGGAUAAAAGAGGGGGAAAGGAAGGGGAAAAGAGGGGGAAACGAGGGAUAAAGAAGGAAAAAAGGGAGGGAAAAGGAGGGGAAAAGGAGGGAAAGGAAUAAGGGAAAAAGGAAUAAGGAAAAUAGGAGGGGAAAGGGAGGAAAAAAGAGGAAUAAAGAAGAGGAAAGGAAGAGAAAAAGAGGAAAAAAGGAGGAAAAAACAAAGAGUAAAGAAGUGAAAAGCAGGAAAAAGGAGGAAAAGAAGGGGAGCGGGGGAGCGACGGCACGAAGCGGCUGCAAAGAGCACCUUUGCUGGGCUGAGUUUGCAGGAAAACCCCGGCGGAAGCGCAGGACUCCGACCUUUCCUCCCGGCCGCUUUGGCUCCAUCGAACCCCUCAAUUCCUCCCAGUUUUACCUUCUAAAGGAGAGGUUUGGGAUGUGGCCAUUCCCGGACGGAUCCGGAGUGUUCACAGGGGCCUGAUCCGGACCCGCUCGAGGCAGGACGCCACGGUGAGGGUCCCGCUGCUGCCUGCUCCCAUGGAGCAGCUGCCCGAGCGGGAAGGGACGAUCCCGUCCCCUUCCAGCAGCCAAGGGCCGCGCCAGCUCCCGGAGGAAGAUGUCGGUGGGGAAGAAAUACCGGCUGGCGGCCGGGAGAGCCCAGCACCGGACACGCAAGCCGCCGUGCCGUGCGGCGGGGAGGCGGAUGUGCCUUCCAGCCCCGGCGUGGGGCAGCCGGGCUGCGCCCCACAUCUCCCCACUGAUGAGCGUCCAAAGGAAGAUGCUUGGGAGAAGCAGCCUGUGGAGGGUGGGGGGUCCCCGCCGGCUGCCCCCGUGCCGGGUGCCGGGGCGGUGGGGUUACCGGCUGAGCCCCCCCAAGCCCGGAGCCCCAGUCGGGAAGCGGAGGCGGAUUUUUAUUGCGUGAAGUGGAUCACCUGGAAAGGCGAGCGGACGCCCGUCAUCACACAGAGCGAGAACGGGCCCUGCCCGCUCCUGGCCAUCAUGAACAUCCUCCUCUUGCAGUGGAAGGUGAAGCUGCCCCCGCAGAAGGAGGUGAUCACAGCCGAGGAGCUGAUGGCUCAUUUGGGGGAUUGCAUCUUGUCCACCCAACCGCAGGAGCGGUCGGAGGGGCUGCAGCUCAACUUCCAGCAGAACAUCAACGACACCAUGACGGUCCUCCCCAAGCUCUCGACGGGGCUGGACGUCAACGUGCGGUUCACGGGUGUCUCGGACUUCGAGUACACGCCCGAGUGCAUCGUCUUCGACCUCCUCAACGUCCCGCUCUACCACGGCUGGCUGGUGGACCCCCAGAGCCCCGAGGUGGUGCGAGCCGUGGGCAAGCUCAGCUACAACCAGCUGGUGGAGAAGAUCAUCACCUGCAAACAGGCCAGCGACUCCAGCCUGGUGAGCGAAGGGCUGGUGGCGGAGCAGUUCCUGGAGUCCACGGCCUCCCAGCUGACCUACCACGGGCUCUGCGAGCUCACGGCCGCCGUCAGGGAGGGCGAGCUCAGCGUCUUCUUCCGCAACAACCACUUCAGCACCAUGAUAAAGCACAAGGGCCACCUGUACCUGCUGGUGACGGACCAGGGCUUCCUGCAGGAGGAGAGGGUGGUCUGGGAGAGCCUCCACAACGUGGAUGGGGACAGCUGCUUCUGCGACACCGAUUUUCAUCUCAGCCACGCUCCGGGCAAGGAGGGGGCUACCGCGGCCCCCCCGGACCACCGACUCCAGCAGAGACAAGUGGACCAGGAUUACAUGAUCGCCCUGUCGCUGCAGCAGCAGCAGCAGCAGGGACAGGACCCCUCCGCGCUCAGUGACCUGGAACUCGCUCGCCAGCUGCAGCAGGAGGAGUAUCAGCGGCAGCAGCAGCGGCAGCAGGUCGCAGUGCAGGGCCGUGCGCAGCCGGGCGGCUGGCCGGCCGGAGAGCGGAGGCAGCGGCAGAAGCCGGACUUGGACUGCACCCUGCUAUAGCACCCUGGGGGGGGACACCCGGGGGGGCCCUGCCCCAUCCCCGCCAUGGCCCCCCCCCGGCAUCUGCCCAGGCUGGGGUGUGUGGCGGGGUCCCCGCACAUGGAGCCCCCCCAACUCCCCCCCCGGGGGUCCCUGGGGACAGGAGGGGGACACGCACAUGCACGAAGGGGUGUCCUUCCUCAUCCAGCGCCGGGACCACCCGCAUCUUUCCAGUGGCCUUAACACGGGGGGGGUCCCACCUGGGGGGGUCCCACCCCUUGGUCCCUGCUCCGAGACGUGGGGGGACACGCGUCUGGGGGGGGGACACACACGCACCUCCGUGUCCCAAACGCGGCCUUAGCCCUUGGCAAAUAAAGGACUUGUCCCCACGCA